GUGGCGGAUGGGAACAAAGAAGGAAUAAGAAUAAGAAGAACGAGAAACAAGGUAACCUCUCCUUUUCUAAGAGAGACAGAUAGAUAAAAGCAAAAUUAAAAUCAAAGAAAGAGGAGGAGGGCGAGGAAUGAGACGCGGACUCAUGCCGAAGAAAGAGAAUAAUAUUGGAAAUUGUGUUUUUUGGAAAUACUGUAACUGAACUAGAAUUGUUAAACGCUGGAAGCUCACUCACUCAGAAAUUGGAAACGCGCCAGGUUCCAUCGGCUGGAAGAGAGUGGGAGGCGGAGGAUCGACCUUGGGGCAAGAUUGUUUGGUCUAGCCGGACGAUUGCGUCAGCGAACUGAUUCCCGGAUGAAGGUGAGGGCGGAAGUGACCCAGCGGAAGGAGUAGCGGAAGGAGUUGCAGAGAGGGGAGACAAGAAGGGCCCCUGACAACACACCAUAGAGUCUGGAAGGUUAGAGUCGAAAGAGGAAUGGCGGGGGCGGUGGUGUGACAGAAGAGUACAUGGGUAAAAGAGGAGGAGAAGAGAGUCAGACACAGCAGCGGAGACUGAGGAAUCGAGAGGAGACGAGAGGAGAGCGGAGGAAGGAAGAAGGAGGGGUCGAACGUGGAAAGUAACGAGGAAGAGAAGUAGACGGAGAGACAGGAGACGCAGGAGGAGUGGAGAGGAAGUGAAAGAAGACGUGACGAGGACGAGAAGCAGACGUGCGACGGUGAGAGGCGAGGAGGGCGCGAAGCAAGACGUGAACCGGGCGGGCUGCGGAGAGAACGAAGAAGAGAAGCAGGGCAGCGGUGAGAGGGACGAGAAAUAAAGAACGAGGACGAGAAGCAGACGAACGGCAGAGAGAGGAAAAAGACGAGGACUUAAACCAUAUUGAGUUACGAGGAAUCCACAGUAAGUAAAGCCGGAAUAAAAACUACUGAAGAUGACUACCCCAAGGGCGAAGACAGAAGACAAGAGAACCACAGCAAGAAAGGGAUCAAUCUCGGAGGAGGUGAACCUUAAAGAUAUUUUGAAGGAACUCCAGGGAAUUGCUGAGAACCAAAAAACAUUUCAGGACCAACUGACUACACUGAAAAAAGACUUAGCAGAAGAAUUCACAGAAAUCAAAAAGGAAAUGAAAGGCUUGCAGGAAGAUAUUAAGGGCAUGAAAGAAGAUAACCAAAAAUUAGGAAAAGCACAAGGAAACCUUAAAACAAAACUAGAAAAACUAGAAGUGAAAAGCGCAAAACUAGAAGAAAGGCAAGAAAGAUUAGAAAGGAGAGAAUUGGAAUUCCAAGUGAGAAUAAGAAACAUAGUAGAAGAACCAGGAGAGAAUGUGAAGCAAAUAGUAACCCAGAUUUUAGCAGAUUUGCUACAAACACAGGACGAAGAAAUGGAAGAGAACAUAGAAAGAGCCUUCAGGGUAACAACGAAUUUUUCAAAGAAAAAUAAUGUAGCGAGAGAUGUGGUGGUCCAUUUUGAAAGAAGAAAGAUCAGAGAAGAAGUACUGAGAUUAAGCAAAAAGAAUACCAUCAGAUUUAAAGGAUUAAAGGUAACAAUCCUCAGGGAAUACCCGACUAGUACAAUGCAGAAAAGGAGGAAAUAUCUCUUCCUUACGGAGGAACUAAAAAAGAGGCACAUUAGGUUUAGGUGGGAAAGAAGAGAAGGAAUCAUGGCCACUUAUAAACAAGAACAACAUUGGAUAACAACAGAGGACAAGGCGAAAGACUUCUACAAACUAUUGAUGAAAGAAAAAACCAAACCAAACCCAAAUAUCAGCCCCUCGGAAGAAGAACUUGAGAGAGAUAAGAAAAGAGCCAGAGCCAUCUCCCCGGAAAACCACUCUAUUAAACCCGUCGUACAUCUCCCAAACUUGAUAGAUCUAGAGGAAAAAGAAUCAAAAGAAGACUAAGAAAAUAAUAUGGAAAUAAAAUGCCACUCAAACAACAUCAAUGGACUAAAUUCCCCUAAUAAAAGAAGCAGAUUAUUUAAUUAUUUAAAGAAGUCGCGAUUUGAUUUAAUAGCUUUACAAGAAACACACAUCUGCCAUAGACACGGUGAACUGUUAUCCCAUAAGGGUCUGGGGGCUGUAUUCUCAUCGACAGCCAAAGAGAAAAAAAAGGGGGUGGUGCUGUAUAUAAAUGAGAAGCUGAACCCGGAAUUGGCAUUCAAGGAUGAGGAUGGAAGAUGGGUGGGUGCAAAGAUCAGGACAGACAAUCAGACAAUUCUAAUCUGCAAUAUAUAUGCUCCGAAUGGUCCAAAAACAUCAUUCCUAGAAAAUCUAAAAAAGAAAAUAGAGGAACAAGAAUUUGACGAUCUAAUAAUACUGGGGGACUUUAACGGAAUAAUUGACCCUGAGAUAGAUAAAAAGGGAAGUUGUAUAGGUAAAGAGAAGAGGGUAGAAACACGGUCAGGCUUAUUACCUAAGAAAUUUGUGAAGGCAUUAGUAGACUGGGAAUUAAAAGAUGUGUGGAGGAUUCACCAUGGUGAACAAAAGGACUUCACUUAUUUUUCUAACAGACACAACACAUGGACGAGAAUAGACAUGGUCUGGAUGACCUCGCUACUAAGCCUCAAAGUGACAAAAAUAAACAUCUUGCCCCGGUACAUCUCAGACCACUGCCCAAUAGAAUUUACAAUUAAUAAGAAACAAAGAAAUUAUAACUGGAGAUUAAAUGCCAAUCUUAUUAAAACAGAAGGAGAUAUUUUAAGAAAUAAAAAAAUCCUCCAGGAAUACUUUGAAAUAAACAACACUGCGGAGGUACCCCCACAAACAAUUUGGGACGCGAGUAAAGCAUUUAUGCGCGGACAUUUCAUUCAACAAAACGCCAAGAAAAACAAAAUCAAGAAUAAAAUUAGAUCUAAUUUAAAGGAAGAAAUUAAACAAAAUGAAACCAAAUUAAAACAGGACCCGACUAAUGGCAAAGUAAAACAGGAAUUGGAAAUGCUGAAGAAACAAUUGACCUCGAUAGAUUUAGAAGAGAUGGCUAAUAAGUUAAAAUUUCUGAAACAGCAGUACUUUCAAAACGCCAACAAACCAGGAAAAUGGUUAGCCUGGCAAAUCAGAAAGAAAAAAAAGGAUAGGACAAUAACAGAAAUAAAUUCAGAUGGGAAGAGAUAUACAACAGAACCCGAGAUAGCGGCCCAUUUUAGCAAAUUCUACGGUAAGCUAUACGCCAAAGACAACAUCAAAAAGGACAAGGUAGGGGAAUUUCUUAGUAACCAAAAAUUACCUAAAAUAACAGAAAAACAGAGGGAAUUACUAAAUAAGGAAAUAACGGAAAUAGAAAUCCAAAAAGCAAUUAACAACAUGAAGAGUGACAGGGCACCAGGCCCUGAUGGUCUAAAUGGGCUAUACUACAAGACGUUCGUGGAAGAACUGAUCCCAUUCUUAAAGAAAAUCAUGAACGAAAUUUUAGAUAAUAAAAAGGUGCCAGAUUCAUGGCGCUAUGCUACAAUAACAGUUAUCCCAAAGGAAGGGCAAGAUUUAAGUUUAGUGAAGAAUUAUAGACCCAUAUCUCUGUUAAAUUCGGAUUACAAAAUUUUUUCAAAUAUACUAGCAGAAAGAUUGAAGGAGUUUUUGACCGAUUGGAUAGGGGAGGAUCAAACGGGUUUCCUGCCCAGAAGACAUAUGAGAGAUAACGUGAGGGAAAUCAUAAACAUAAUUGAAUAUUAUGAGGGUACAAAAAAGGAGGAAUUGGCACUUUUAGCGAUAGACAUGGAAAAAGCUUUCGACAAUCUAAAUUGGGACCUGAUUAAAUUGUUGAUAAAGGAAUUGGACAUGGGGUACAAAUUUACUAGCGCGAUUAGUCAAAUUUACGAUCAACAAGAAGCAAAAAUAAAAAUAAACUCUUUGGAAUCUAAGAACUUUAAAAUUCAGAAAGGAACGAGACAGGGAUGUCCUCUGUCCCCUCUCUUAUUUAUCUUUGCAAUAGAACUGUUACUAAACAAUAUUAGAAAUGAUCCCCAAUUAAAAGGAGCAAGUAUUAGAAAGCAUAAGUAUAAAAUUAGAGCAUUCGCCGACGAUUUGAUAUGUGUAAUAGAAGAACCAAUAAAAACAAUAAAUUGCUGGCUUGCCAAAUUUAAAGAAUUUGAGAGAGUAUCAGGAUUAAAAAUCAAUUUAGAUAAAACUAUGAUUUUAACAAAAAACAUGACGAAAACCAGACAAAAAGAAUUGACAGAACUAACAGGUAUCCAAGUUAAAAAAAAAAUCAAAUACUUGGGAAUAAUAUUAACUGCUAAAAACUCCCAGCUCCUAGAAAAUAAUUACGACUCCAAAUGGAAGGAAAUCAAAAAAGAUUUAGAAAAGUGGAAACACCUAAAAUUAUCAUUACUAGGGAGGGUAGCUGCAAUAAAAAUGACUAUAUUG